AUGACUCAACCGGUAGUUGUUGUUGGCGGCUCAGUUUCUGGUCUCAUGCAAGCCCUUCAAUUCAGAAGAGAAGGAAGAGACGUUAUAAUCUUGGAACAAGACCCGGACCCAGAGCGAGCCAGCAAUGGGUACGGAAUGACUUAUUUGACUACUGUAGACGGAUUCCUGCAGGCCAAUGACAUUACUGGCGUGCUUCGAGGCUAUCCAACGUCUGGCGCUCAUAUAUCUCUUGGCAAAUGGCCGAACCUGAUAAAUCUUGGGAAGCCUUCGACAGUGACGAGUUGGGGUCUUCUCUACCGCAUUCUGAGAGCCAAUUUCGACGGCUAUGCAUCGAAAGCUGUUCCUCGGCCACCGAAACUACCUGUCGGCCAUGGAAAGGCCGAGUAUCGUGGUGGCGCAAGAGUUACUGGGAUCACAGAGUCGGAGGACAAGGUCAGAGUUAAAUACGUGAAUCUUGCCGAUGGCGUGGCCGUGACAAUCGAAACAGACCAGGUGAUCGGUGCUGACGGCAGCAACUCAACAGUUCGCGAUCUCGUGGGCGCAAAGCUCAACAAGAACUACUCAGGCUACAUCGUUUGGAGAGGAAUGGUGAAGGAAAGCGACUUGAACGAGAGUACCCGAGAGUUCUUCGCCUCAGGGUUCAACUUGGAUAUGAUGUGGCGUGGAUAUAUGCUCUGCUACAAAGUACCCAGCGACCUGGGCGACUUCAGCGCAGAAGGGGCCACUAUGAAUUACUUACUGUACGAGAAUGUCGCGAAUGGUUCAAGCAAGAUGCAGGAAAUCUUCACGGAUACCAAGGGCAAACUUCAUCAAAACACGGUCCCCAGAGGAACGGUACGACCUGAGAUGUGGGACAGAGCGAGGGUCGAGCAUCUGCCUUACCUAGCGCCGCCCUUCGCUGAACUACUCGCGAAAACAGACCACCCCUUCGUAUCAAAGAUUGGCGACGGGAUGUGCGACUCGCCCAGCCAUUUCGGAGGCAAGGUUGCGUUGGUUGGCGAGGCCUUCUGCUUGAUUCGACCGCACACGGGUGCCGCUGCGGAACUCUCGGCGGUGCAGAACGAAUUGAUGGUCAAAUUGAGGAGAGGAGAAAUCACGUCAGAGGAGUGGGAAGAGCAGACGAGGUUGCAGUCGCGGAAGUUCAUGAUGGCUGCGAGGGCGGUGGGGGAGUUUGGCCAAAGCUCGAUCUUCACGUUUGCUCGGCAUCUGUAUGCAUAUUUGAUGGCGUGA